ACCAAACUCCAAACCCCUCUCUCUCUUUCGAUUUCCAAACCCUAAUUUUGAGGUCCAGAGAGACCUGAAAAAGCCUGAGCUCGCAUUCAAGGCGGGCAGUAUACGGAGGAGAGAUAUAGAGCUCCUUUAAUGGCGUCCCUCCAAUGCAAGCAGCUGGCUGCUAUCAAUCUCUCUUCACAGUCCUCCCACUGUUGCCUACAAAUCCUGACCUAAUAAAUCACCAAGCUCCCUGUCACCCUUCAUUGAAUUCAAACACCCACCCAGAAUAACGAAUUUUGAUUUUUCUUUCUUCUUCUUCUUCGUAUCUGAUUCGCCCGAGCUCAAAAGUCUCCCUACCUUCUCCUUUCAUAUUGAUUCUUGCAUCUAUAAAACGGCGAAGAUUUCAGCAGCCAGAGGUUUGUAAGAUGUUAGAGCCUUGCCUGAUUACUACAACGACUGCGACUACUCUCCCGCGUGACUCAGACAGUUCAAUGAGCAGUGACACCUGCAGCAGCUUCAGCCGCCUCUCCUUCGACGCAACCGCCACCUUAACCGCCGGCAGCGACUUCUUCGGCACCGAGAAUCUCGCCCUGAAGCCGCACCGCUCCUCCGACUUCGCCUACUCCGUCAUUCGCGCCAAGAAAUCCAGCCUCACUUACCGCGACUUCCGCCUCCACCGCCGCAUCGGCUCCGGCGACAUCGGCACCGUCUAUCUCUGCAGCCUCCGCUCCUCUGCUGACUCAUCCUCACCACCGUCAUGCGUCUACGCCAUGAAAGUCGUCGACAAAGAGGCCUUGGCCCUCAAGAAGAAGGAACCCAGAGCCGAGAUGGAGCGCAAGAUCCUCAAAAUGCUAGACCAUCCUUUCCUCCCCACACUUUACGCCGAGUUCGAAGCCUCGCAUUUCUCCUGCAUCGUCAUGGAGUACUGCUCCGGCGGCGACUUGCACUCCCUCCGCCAUAAACAGCCCAACCAACGCUUCUCUCUCACCUCAGCAAGGUUCUAUGCUGCUGAGGUCCUGGUGGCUUUGGAGUACCUCCACAUGUUGGGCAUCAUCUACAGAGACUUGAAACCGGAGAACGUGCUCGUCAGAUCCGACGGUCACAUCAUGCUCUCCGACUUCGACCUCUCUCUCUGCUGCGACGCAAUCCCCGCCGUUGAAUCACCUGACUCCUCACCGUUCCCAGGCUCUUUCUCGACCCCAUCGUACACCCGCCCGCACCCGAGCACUCUCACUCCCUUCUCCUGCCUCUCGAACCGCCUCUUCCGGUCGAGGAAGGUCCGGACUUUAUCUCCGAACCGCCUCUUCGUGGCCGAGCCGGUCGCCGCGCGGUCGUGCUCUUUCGUCGGGACGCAUGAAUACGUGGCGCCGGAGGUUGCCUCCGGUAGGUCCCACGGAAACGCCGUUGACUGGUGGGCGUAUGGGAUCUUCCUCUACGAGAUGAUCUACGGGCGGACGCCGUUCGCGGCUCCAUCGAAUGAGACUACGCUGCGGAGUAUUGUGAAAAGUCCUCUAUCUUUUCCCACGUCCGCGCCCGUCAACGCGCUUGAGGGGCACGCGCGGGAUUUGAUAUCCGGGUUGCUGAACAAGGACCCGGAGCGGCGGCUCGGGUCGAAGCGCGGGGCGGCUGACGUCAAGAAGCAUCCGUUCUUCAAGGGGAUCAACUUGGCGCUGAUACGGUCGUUCUCGCCGCCGAUGAUCCCGGGUCUGAGAAGGCAGAAUACGACGCCGUAUUACCACGCCAAGUCUGAUCAGAAUAAAAAUAACGGGCAGUCCGGGGCGUUUGAUUACUUUUGAGGAGGGCUAACGGCGUGAUGUGCGCCACGUGUUUGUGACCGUCUUGCCAGAUUUUGUCACUGGCGGGUGACUGGUGACAGUUGUGUAUAUUCUCGGAGCUGUCACUCUAUUUUUUCUUUUCUUAGCUAAUAUUUAGGUAAAUAUAUGAGAAAAAAUGAGCGGAAAAAAAAAAUCAUGGUGCGAGGUUCCAUUAGCUACUAUCUACAAUGAUGAACAAUAUGGGAUUAC